AUGGCGCCCCAAGUGUCGACGGUGCCCAUCAUCAGUCCAUCGUUGUCGCUGAAACCGCGUCGGAAACCGUUCGAUCACAAAGCAGAGCUCGCCAAACUCGUCUAUUUUCUGCACCCUGGCUACCCAGAAGGCAACAAUACCCUCUUGCAUCUCCCGUGCCUCGACUCGGGCGGCAUCCAUCAUGAAACUGCCCGUCUAGCUUGUGCAAUCUUUGCCAAUUGCCGCUGGGACGGCUACCUUUCAUCCAGCAGAGACGGCCCGCCAGUGUCUGCGCAUCCCGACGACGUCCUCCCGCAUGGCCGAUACUACUUCAUCAUCGAUGGCGACGACCAGUACCCCGUUGUCCCUUCGUUCCAGCACUUUGUCUGCCCUACCACCCUUCCCCAGCCGUACUGCGAGGCGCCCAUCGAACGGAGCUCAGGCGAUGACGCCAUCCGCCGCGACGACACCUGUCGAAUUUCGGCCUCAUCUUCCCCCAACGAGACGGCACACAUCAUUCCCGCUUCCCAGAGCAAGUGGUGGCGAAGGAACGACAUGUCGCAGUACACAAGCGCCCCUGAGCAGAUGGACAAUACGCGAUGUGCCGAGAACACCGUCCUGCUCCGUCGCGACCUGCAUAAGCUGUGGGACGACGUUGUCUUUGCCAUUGUGCCCAAGCAGGGGAAAUGGGUGGUGCACGUGUUGCUGAAUUCUCCCCGGGUCGAUAUUCGAGAGCGCUACCACAACUUGGAAUUGCAACCGCUCGCUGGUGUCAGGAGAGAAUAUCUCGUCUGUCGCUUUGCCUUGGCAAUCUUCUCAAAGAGCCACUUCUUGAAUGGAUCACUGUCAAGAAAGCUGGUAUUUGUUAACACUGAUGGCGAAAGACCAAACGAACAGGUCACUCGCGAGUUCUCGGCAAAAGAGUAUCAAAAGGAGUUCCCAGCGACUUCGGCGAGAUCAGCAAGUAGAAACCCAAGCCCCAAGAGGCAGAGACCACCAACUGCGGAUGACAUGUUGGAUGACCGAGAUACCACGGAAGAGUCCGACUUCAGCCAAGUGUUUGGCACCGAAGACGAACGGUCAGAAGAUGAAGAGGAGAGGGGCCGACCGCGAAAAAGACCAUCGUCGCCCGACAGCUGGGAUGGACUCUCCCUACUGGAUCAUUGCUUGGAUGCGAGUUUUGAUAGUGUUGAAAGGAGUCAGGACCAUUGUAGAAAGCGGCUACGGCCUUCAUCGUCCAGUCGUGCAGAAGAAUCGGUGGACUAG